AUGAUAGCUAGUCCAAAGAUGUUUUUCACAUUAUCUGUGGAAACACUUCAAUGUCAUGGGAAAGGCUUGAUGUUGGCGCUCUUGUAUCGCAUGCUUUUGAAUUGGAGUCCGAAGUACAAGCACUGUUCUAUGGUGCACCAGCAGUUAUCACAUUCCGCAUCCCCACAAAGGCUGCUCUACAGGAGGCUUAUUCGACUCCAAUUCUGCCUUUAGAUAUCCUCGCAGACAAACCUUCGGUGAAAAAGUUUGAGUGGGCUAAGAGGUUGUUGGCAAAGCAUGGAUCCUUGAUUUCUGUGAUCUCCAUUAUGGCUUCGUUUGUCUACCUGGUUGCAACCCCAUCAAAAUCUAAUGCUGCAAAAGGAGGCAAGAAGAAGCGCUAAUCAAUAAAGAGGCUUAACACCCUUGGUAGCAUCCAUUAGCAGGUCUGCUAUUAGCUUCAAUUUGAGGCAAAUAGUUUGUCAAAAUCCAGUGUUUGAAUUUCUAGUUAUUAUUAGGAUUACUUUUAUAGCAACAUCAAUUUAUUAGCAACAUCAAAUAGAGCAACUAGAUUCAUAUGUUGUAUGUACUCAGAUUGAACAUCAAAAAAUUUAUUUCAUAUAUAUUCGAGUAUGCAAAACUAAUGAUUAAUUUGAAAAGAUUACUUAA